UCGAAUCCUUCCUUGUGGAAGAACACAGAGCUGAGCAUACCGUCUGUCAACAUGGCUGCUGUUCAUCGUGAGGUGCCCUUUAUGAUAUCUAAAGUUUGGUUAAUUACGCUCAUAAUUAUUUCAUUCACAAACCUAUCCUUAAGCGCAAAGAAAAAAGAGCAAUCCCUUGGAGAUCGAGUGAAGCAGCUUACAGAAUGGAGUUACAAAAGGCCUGUAAUCAAUAUGAAUGGAGAGAAAUAUACUAUGAUAGGUUUUUCUUGUUUUUGUAGGCUUGGGUUCCAGGCAGAACAAAUAGCAAAAUGGGUUGCAGAGCGUACUGAUGUAACGAUGUGUAUAAGAGACAGUUUCUCUGCAUUAAAAGCCACAUCAGCUCCAAGCAUCAUACAUUUCCCUGUCAAAGGAAAACCAAAGAAAGCUGACACAUUCGAUAUGCAACGGCUUGGGUUCCAGGCAGAACAAAUAGCAAAAUGGGUUGCAGAGCGUACUGAUGUAACGAUUAGGAUCUUUAGGCCCCCAAACCAUGCCGGUAUCCUGUUGCUUGGCCUUGCCCUCACAACUAUUGCAGGCUUGCUGUACUUCAGAAGAAACAAUCUGGAGUUUCUUUACAAUAAAAACAUGUGGGCAAUUCUUGCUUUGGUGGUAGUGUUCUCAAUGAUGUCUGGACAGAUGUGGAAUCACAUACGGGGUCCUCCAUUUGCUCACAGAAACCCGCAGUCAGGACAAGUAAACUACAUCCAUGGAAGUAGUCAAGGCCAGUUCCAGGCAGAAACUUACAUAAUCUUUGUUUUAUAUGCUGCUCUGACAGUUGGUAUGGUGCUACUUAGUAAAGAUAAUAUCAUCGAGACAAAUGGAAGUCAAAAAAGAGUAAUGACUAUCGUCGGUCUGUUUAUGAUCGUGUUUUUCUUCAGUCUUAUUCUAUCGAUAUUUCGAUCCAAGUACAGGGGUUACCCAUACAGCUUUUUACUACGUUAAUGAUGGGGAGUGUUUUCUUUUGUCACUACGUGGUUCAGUGGAAAUCAACAUCCUUUUGUUCAGUACCGUAGCCCUCCCUUGUGGAAUCUUUCUAGUUUAUCGUCAGUUAUUAAUGUUGUAU